AUGACGAAGUUUCGUGAUGGAAUUCGAAUUUCGCUCAAUAUCGCGUUGGUUUCGGAUUUCUUUUGCCCAAAUGCAGGUGGUGUGGAGACGCAUAUAUAUUUUCUAGCAAAAUGUUUGCUGCAGUUGGGGCAUAAAGUAAUUGUAAUAACUCAUGCCUAUGGCAAGCGGCGUGGUAUUCGAUACCUUUCGAAUGGACUUAAAGUCUAUUACUUACCGUUUAUUGUCAUAUACAAUGGCAGUUGUCUCCCCUCAAUCGUUGGUUCGUUGUACUGGUUUCGAAGAAUAUAUUUAGAAGAACAUAUACAGAUAGUACAUGGCCAUUCUACUUUCUCAACAAUGGCACACGAAGCGAUGAUUCAUGCCUGGUGCUUGGGUUUGCGCACAACAUUCACCGACCACUCCCUUUUUGGCUUCGCUGAUGCAUCCGCAAUUCUCAUGAAUAAAUUGGUAUUGCAAUAUUCACUUGCCAACGUUAAUAGAGUUAUUUGUGUCUCAUAUACAAGCAAAGAAAAUACAGUGUUGCGAAGUGGUGUCCUUGCAAGUAAAGUUGCAGUUAUUCCAAAUGCUAUUGAUACAGACUUGUUUGUGCCUGAUCCAUUUUUAUUUCGGAACAGUCCAACAACGGUUAUUAUUCUUUCUAGACUCGUAUAUCGUAAGGGAGCCGAUAUCUUAAUAAGAAUUAUACCUCGUGUUUGUUCACUUCAUAGUUCGGUACGAUUUAUUGUUGUGGGUGAUGGACCGAAACGGAUUGAAGUAGAAGAAAUGCGCGAAAAAUGCUGCUUGCAGGAUCGAGUAAUCAUGCUAGGCACACUUCCUCACGACCAGGUGCGCGAUGUUCUUGUACAGGGGCAGAUAUUUUUGAACACUUCGCUUACAGAGGCUUUUUGUAUGAGCAUUGUUGAAGCUGCUUCUUGUGGUCUCCAUGUAGUUUCUACACGAGUUGGUGGAAUUCCGGAAAUCCUGCCGGAGGACUUUAUCACGCUAGUGGAACCUGAACCAGACAAUUUGAUUGACGCUUUGCUGAAAGUGAUUCGAUUGCGAGAAAAUGGGCAGUUAAUCUUACCGAAAAAGAAGCACGAUUUGAUUUGUCGCAUGUAUCGUUGGCCUGACAUUGCUAAACGAACUGAAAAAGUCUAUCUCUCUGCGCUGCAAUGUCCGCAAUUGUCUUGGUUUGAGGGACUUUUAAGUUAUUGUACAUGUGGAAUUGGACUUGGUAUAUUGUAUGUUUGGGCAGCUCUAUUAAAUAUGAUCUUCAUUAUAAUUCUCAAUUACUUUGACCCAAUUCCGUCUACGAAUAAUCAGGAAGCAAAAAACAAAUCGCCUCAUUCAGUAAAGGAUGGUCGUACUGAACGUCUGCUUGGCUCCCAUUCUACAAAUAAUAUUUGA